UACGUCCUCUGGACUUGCGUGCAGUGGCUUAUUGUAACUGAUAUUGUCACAUUGGCAAAGUUUGUUUCAAGUAUGUGAUAUCUAAGCUGAUCAUGUCGAAACAAAAUUUGUCAGUACUGAGUAUUAUGAAAUGUUAUUCUUGAACCUGCCACAAGGGAAAAAUAACGUCACUCGCAAGUGAAACUAAGUUUAAGUAUUAGAUCCACAUUUUAUAUGAAAACUCAGUUCACUGAGCUAAUUUAAUGUCCUAUCUUAGAGCAUGUUCAUAACUAAAAUAGUUUUAUGGUAAGAAGGAUUAGCACAUAGGUUCGAAUCAUCCAUGAUUUGACACAAGGCGAAAAUGUUUAAGAUUUAGGUUUCAUUUUCAUAUGGUGCAGAGCUAUUACUUCACUUAUACUGCUGUGGAUAUUCUGCUGUUUUGUUCGCAUGAAGCUUCGCCCGGUACUGUGGUAACUUCUUCUCGGCGAAUAUUGGGAGCGAAUGGCUUGUGAGCUUGAGAAAGCUGCGGGCACCUGAACGUCACAGGAUGAGCGCCAGUGGAAUUAAGGAAGUGGUGGAGAGUAACUAUGGUCAAGUAGUGGAGUGUCUCAGUGUGGAAGCUCACCAUGCCCUUGAAGAGGCUAAGGGUAUCCUCAGUAAGAAGGAACUGGAUCUUAUCGAGAGCAAAAAAACGAAUGUGGAAAAAGUUUCAGUAUUGCUAAACAAGUUGAUGACCAAAGAUGAUGAGACCUGCAAGAAAUUCUUCGAAACCCUCAUUAUCAUUUCACCCAAUAACAUAUUCCCAAUGUGUCUGGAGAAUUUGCUUAUGACAGCUGGAGAUGAAGUUUUGUUGCCACAGGAACUGAGAGAAUCUAAUUCCAACGAUACUGCACACUCUGAUGUAGAAUUAAUUGCAACAGAUAACUCUCAGACUGGAAGAAAGCGAAAAGCUGCGCAAGUGGCAAACCCGAAAUCUACUAAUGUAAAACAUGUGAAAAAAGGUAAAUUUUGCAAAGCUAGAGAAGUAAAAUCCAGCUCUAUAGCCCCUUUCACCAACACAUUGAACUCAGAGUUUCAAGAAGUGGACAACUUGUCAUUUCAAGCAGGAGAGCAGUAUUUGAAUUUGCCAGCAAUAUCAGAUUUUGCUGAGGAUUAUAAAUCGUUGAUGAUAAAGAAUGUCUCUGAGAAGUAUGAAGCCAACUUGGCAAAAGAAGACCAAAUGAAACAAGUGAUCAUUGAUCAAACGUUUAGGAGUCUGACCAUGAAAGAUGGAAAUGUGGCCAAACUGAAGGAGAGAAUUGAUGCCAGCCGCGAUGAUGUACUCAGUUCACCAGGGCUUGAAGAGAAUCAGGAUACAGUUGCAAACCUAGCAGAGUUCCUGAACAAAAAACAUGUCUCCAAUUGUAGAGUACACAUCCUACUUGGAAAAGCGGGAACCGGAAAGACAAAGUUGAUGCACAAAGUUUGCUACGAGUGGGCACAAGGGACCCUCAGUCAGUUCCAGUAUGUAUUUUUGUUUGAGUUCCGCCAACUGAAUCUAAUCAAAAACAGCAUAGAUCUGAAGAGUAUGUUGUUUGACUUGUUCCUUCAGCCAGAAAGGAAUUCCCAUGCUGUAUUUAGAUUCAUCAUAGGAAACCCGGAGAAAAUUUUAAUUCUGUUCGAUGGUUUCGAUGAGUUUGUGGGGAAAGCCUUUGUCCACACCUUUGCUGUUUCCAGUGACCCCAUGGCUCCACUGUCAGUGGGAGAAUUAUUUUCCAGCCUGUAUAAUGGCAAACUGCUCCCGGGCUGUACAAUUCUAAUAACAUCCAGACCAAAAGACGUCCUCUCCUUGCCUUUAGAUGUUGUGAGUCAGGUGGGAGAGGUCUCGGGGUUCGACGAAUGUAAAAUCGAAGAGUAUGCCCAUCGAUUUUUCAAAGACAGUAAACAAAAUCAUCGAGCAAUCUGCCACUUGCAGACGAAUAGGAAGAUUUUAAACAUGUGCUACAUUCCUGCCAUGUGCUGGAUAGUCUUUCUUUGUCUUGAGCGCUUGUUAACUCCAUGCACUGUCGAACCCAAGCUACCUCAUACGAUGACACAGUUCUACAUCAAGAUGCUCACCGUAUUUUUAAGCAAAGGCACCAGUAGUAAACAGACUAGUGAUAAUAUUGAAACACGGCUGCUAAACAAACACAGAGAAGACAUUCAUGGAGUUUGCAACCUUGCAAUAAAAGGGCUCCAGGCGAGUAAAUCUGUGUUUUAUUUGAGAGACCUCCUUUCUGAAAAGAUCACAAACUUUGCUUCCUCGUAUGGAUUUCUUACCACUUUCGAAGUGAAGACAAUAGACCAGUACCAGGAGAAUGGACACGCCUUUAUUCACUUGACCCUGCAAGAGUUCCUGGCAGCACUUCACCAGAUGAUCGAUAGCACGAUUUCUGACCAGAUACUAAAAAGCAGGUUUUACCUUAAGUCCAAAUGGACAUCAAAGAAUGACAUGAAAAAUGAGUUCACUGAUGCCGUUCACAUAUUUUUAUCCGGGUUAGCGUCGAAGGGAUGUAAGCAGUUCCUCAGUACUUUGGCAAACAAGAGUGAAAUGUGGGUGCAAAGGAAGCAGAGAGCCAUUUUACAGAACUUGCGAAAGUUGGCUACCACAAAUCUAACUGGGCCAAAAAUAAUCGAGUUGUGUCACUGCGUGUAUGAGACACAAGACUGUGAUCUUGCACGGGAAGUUGCAACACAGUUAAAGUCCAAGUUUGAGCUUCGAAACUUCAGGCUUACUCCAGCAGAUGUGACUGUUCUGACGUUUGUGAUAAAUAGUGGAGCCAGCUGCAUCUGCCUGGAUAUUGGAGGCUGUGCCAUGGAUCUCGAAUGUGUCACCAUUUUGGGCACUUGUAAGAACAUAGAAGUUCUAGUUUUCAAAAGCAGAAAGUAUGAGGACAGGUUUGCUGGAACACUAUCUGAAAUCAUUCCUAAAGUCAGCAGCUUAAAGAAGCUGAUCCUUACAUCCUGCAGUAUUAGUGUGAAGGGUAUUACCCACUUGUCUUCUGCACUGAAAGUCUGUCAUCACUUGGAAGAAAUAAACUUGCAAGAUAAUGAACUCGGGGAUGCUGGCAUUGCUGCACUUGUUGACGUGCUUCCUCAAAUGGGAAGUAUGAGAAAAAUUGAAUUAGGCAACAAUAAUAUCACUGUAGAUGGCAUUCUUGGAAUAGCAAACACCAUAAACACCUGUUCAAAUAUCCUGGAUAUCCACGUCAGUGAUGGUGGGAAUGUUGCAAAAGUUAGAUUUUUUACAGGCUCGACUGCCAACCCAAUUAACAGGUCAUUAUCACCCUCGAUGGAAUGUGAAGCCAGUCAUGAGACUCUACUCAGGAAGCUAAGCCUUGUGAACUGCAGCUUAGCAGCACGGCAUGUUGAAGCCCUUGGUGGAAUCCUACAGCGUUGUCCCUUGCUGGGUUGUCUGGACUUGUCUGGCAAUGAACUGAAAGACCAUGGGCUAAGAAGACUUGUUGAUAUCCUCCCAGAUUUUCAUAUCUCCAAACAGAUUAACCUCAGCAACAAUGGCAUCUCAGAAGAUGGGGUUCUCUGCUUGGCCUCACUACUGAAGAAAUGCCCCCGGAUGGUUGAGGUCAAAGUGAGCCUGAAACAUGACCAGACAGUGUUACUUACAUUUUCAGAACAGAGCAAGGACACUGAAGUGAGAGAUGAGCUGAAUACCCAGCCAAUGGAAUUUAGACUGAGUAGCACUGGAGAUUCAAAGAUCAAGCCUGUGCCACUGAAGAAACUGAGUCUGACCAACUGUUGUUUUCAACUAAAGCAUUUGGAAGAGUUGGGCUGUACACUGGAGAACUGCAGUGAUCUAGCAGAGCUGGACUUAUCAAAUAACUCACUUGGAGAUGCAGGAGUUGAAAAGUUUGUCGAGCUCCUACCAAAGCUGCAUGUUUCAAGACUAAUCAACAUCAGCAAUAAUUUCAUCUCAUUGGCUGGAGUUCUGUGCUUGGCUGGGUGUCUGAACAGUGUCAGAAACAUAACAGAGGUGGAACUAAGCCUGGGCAAGAAUGGAAAAGGAUUAAUUAAGUUCCACGGGAAAUGCAGACUUCAAAGGAAUAAAGAAUUUCAAGAAUCAUCAUUGUCGUUUGAAACACAAUGUGGAAAACAGGAUAUAUCCGUGCCAAAAAAAAUUAGACUUGAAGAUUGGGAUAUGGAUGUUGAAACCAUGGGAAACCUCUGUUUGAUACUUGAACAGUGUUCUGGACUUACAGAACUUGAAUUGUCGAAUAAUGCACUGAGUGCUGAGGUCAUCACAGAACUGCUGAAUCAUCUAUCAAACUUUUGUGACUUGAAGAUUUUGAACAUUACAGAUAACAUUAUUUUGCCAGAGGCUAUCCUUUUGCUGGCUAAUUCUCUGAAUAUUUGUGAAAAUGUGUUGAAAGUAGAAGUGAGAGCGAGUGGGAGAGCCUCAAUAAGAUUCAAAAAGAAUGUUUACAGACUUGAAGGAAAUGGGAAGAAACCAGAGCCUCCACCCUCACGGGUUCUCAGUCUGAAAGAGUGUAACCUGUGCAAGAUGAGUGUGGAAAGUCUAUUCAAGAUUCUCAAACACAGCAAGAACCUGACUGAGCUGGACCUCUCCUGCAAUUUACUUGGUGAUGAAGGAUUGCAGUAUUUGCAAAAUUCCUUACCAAAGCUGCAAGUUUUAAAAGUAAUCGAUGUGAGCAACAACAGAAUCUCUCCAGUUGGUGUUCUGUGCCUGGUGGAAUCUCUCCAUACCUGCAGUAAUGUGACAGAGGUUGAAGUGAGCUUGGCUCCGCCUGGAAGAUCCCUAAUAAAGUUUGCGAGGAGAUGUGAAAAGAAAGUGUGUAGUGUGAAGGAAUGUAAAUUUAAAGAGAGAGACCUGUUCAAAUUCUUCUCCAUUAUUGAACGGUGCACCCAUCUGAUGGAACUGAAUGUGAAGAACAAAACAGUUUCCAUAAGGCUGGUUGACAGUGGUUGGCAACUUGCUGAUUAUAACAGCACCAGAAUAGACUCUGGAGCACAGCAUCCUUCUCUGCAAUUGAUCAGUUUAUACCAGUGCGGAAUUGAGGCUCCCCAAUUCCUUCGUCUCGCACCCAUAAUUAAGCAGUGUCCACAACUACUGGAGCUCCAUUUAUUUCAAAACAAAAUCGGCAACAAAGGAGCGGAAGUACUGGCUGACGUCCUUCCUGUGUUCCGAAGACUGAAGAAGCUUAGCCUCGAAUCCAUCGGCAUCAACUCACAUGGGAUGGUGACCCUAGCAGCAUGUCUCCGCAAAUGUCGCAGCAUCGAAGACAUAAACCUGUCACAAAAUGAACUGGGAGAGGAGGGAGCAACUGAACUGGAGAAAAUCCUUCCAGUGUUGGAACAACUGAAGAAGAUCAACUUCUCUGGAAUUUCUACAGCUGCCGGUUUGGUCGGAACAAAUAGAUUGGCCAUGGGGCUAAGUAACUGCACGAGGCUGGAGGAGAUAAAUUUGGAUUCCUUGGUGCUGAGUGACAGCGGGGCGCUGUUGUUAGCUGUUGGGAUGCUAAGAAUGGCCUGUCUGAAGAAAUUAAAUUUGAGGUCAAACUCCAUUGGUUACAAAGGGGCAGAACAUCUUGCAAGAGGACUGAAAGGCUGCCCUGCGAUUGUAGAAAUAGACUUGUAUGGUAACUCCAUUGAAGAUGUGGGGACGAUGAAACUUGCCGAUGUACUUCCUGUUAUGAAACAUUUGAAGAUAUUAAACUUGACUCAGAACAACAUCACAGCGACCGGUGGGGAGAGGCUGGCACAAGCUCUCAAACAGUGCCCAUCAGUGGAAGAGAUUCAUUUGUCCAGGAACAAGAUCGGCGAUCAGACUGCAAAGAAAUUGUCUGAAGCCUUGCCAAAGCUGCCCUGUUUAAAGAUUCUGAACCUCCAUUCCACUGAACUCACUGCUGACGGAGGAGAAAGCCUGGCACAGAGUCUUGCGCUGUGCCCAAGUGUUGAAGUGAUAAGUUUGCCUGAAAAUAGCAUUGGGAACAAAGGAGUGAUGGAGCUCGCAAUGGCUCUACAAAAAAUGACAUCUUUGAAAAAGUUGGACCUGCAGCUGACCAGGUUUGACGACAGUGUGGCAGAGGAGCUCACAGCUGGACUUGCGUACUGUCCCAGUAUUGAAGAGGUCGUCUUAUCCUGGAAUGACAUCAGUGACGAGGGUGCAGUGAAACUGGCUGAGGCCCUACCAAGAAUGCUAUGUUUAAAGAAACUAGAUUUGGAAGGGAACAAAAUCACAACAGCUGGAGCAGAAAAGCUAGCAGCAAGUCUCCACCAAUGCUCCUUUGUGGAAGUGAUUAGGUUGUGGAAGAACAAAAUAUCCAAGGACAGGGAACAGAGUCUUCAGGAACAGGAUUCCAGAUUAAAUUUCCUCUCUGUUUAGAGCAGCACUUAUAACACACAAUCAUUUGUAUAAGUAUUGUGCGCAUUCCUGGGGGAAGUUGCAUUUUGCACUAUGUCAAGGACUUUGUCUUUCAGCAUGGGUUUUUAAAAUUUUAUUUAUUGUAUUUAUUUUAAGACAUUUUUUGUCUUGCUAUUUUUGCAAGAUAUUUUAUUUGUCAGCCAUGUAAAUAAAACCUUUUGUACACAUUAA